UCCGGUGUAAGAUGGCUGCAGUGCGUGUGCUCAGGCCCUGGAGCUGGAGUGCCGGGAGGCUGAUUUGUAUUCACUACUUUCAAACACGGAAUAGUAUUCAUAUCUUGAAGCCAAAAUAUGUGCAUUUUUUUCGUUAUCCUCCACUCAAGUAUAGUCACCCACAUCGGUUGCUGCAAACAACUGCAGGUCUACAGGGACAGAUUGUUCAAUUCAAACUCUCAGACAUUGGAGAAGGGAUUAGAGAAGUCACUGUUAAAGAAUGGUAUAUAAAAGAAGGAGAUACCGUGUCUCAGUUCGAUAGCAUCUGUGAAGUUCAAAGUGAUAAAGCUUCUGUCACUAUUACUAGUCGCUAUGACGGAGUCAUUAGAAAACUGUAUUAUAAUCUAGAUGAUAUUGCCCUUGUGGGGAAGCCCUUAGUAGACAUAGAAACGGAAGCUUUAAAAGACUCAGAAGAAGAUGUUGUUGAAACUCCCGCUGUGUCCCAUGAAGAACACACACACCAAGAAAUAAAGGGCCAGAAAACAUUGGCUACGCCUGCAGUUCGCCGCCUUGCAAUGGAAAACAAUAUUAAGCUGAGUGAAGUUGUUGGCUCAGGAAAAGAUGGCAGGAUACUUAAAGAAGAUAUUCUCAACUAUUUGGAAAAGCAGACAGGAGCUAUAUUACCUCCUUCGCCAAAAGCUGAAAUUGUGCCACCUCCAGCAAAACCAAAAGACAAGACUAUUCCUAUUCCAGUAUCAAAACCUCCAGUAUUCAUAGGCAAAGACAGGACAGAACCGGUGAAAGGCUUUCAUAAAGCCAUGGUCAAGACCAUGUCUGCAGCCCUGAAGAUCCCUCACUUUGGAUAUUGUGAUGAGGUUGAUGUAACUGAACUAGUUAAACUCAGAGAAGAACUGAAACCCAUUGCUUUGGCUCGUGGAAUCAAACUCUCUUUUAUGCCCUUCUUCUUAAAGGCUGCUUCCUUGGGAUUACUCCAGUUUCCUAUCCUGAACGCUUCUGUGGAUGAAAACUGCCAGAACAUAACAUAUAAGGCUUCUCAUAAUAUCGGGAUAGCAAUGGACACUGAGCAGGGGCUGAUCGUGCCAAACGUGAAAAAUGUUCAAGUCUGCUCUAUAUUUGAGAUCGCCUCUGAGCUGAACCGCCUCCAGCAGCUGGGGUCUUCGGGACAGCUGGGCACCUCUGAACUCACAGGAGGCACCUUUACUCUUUCCAACAUCGGAUCUAUUGGCGGUACUUAUGCCAAACCAGUAAUAUUGCCACCCGAAGUAGCAAUUGGGGCUAUUGGGUCCAUUCAGACCCUUCCCAGAUUCAACCAAAAAGGAGACGUUUAUAAGGCACAGAUUUUGAAUGUGAGCUGGUCAGCUGACCACAGGAUCAUUGACGGUGCUACAAUGUCACGCUUCUCAAAUUUGUGGAAGUCCUACUUGGAAAACCCAGCUUUGAUGCUGUUAGAUAUGAAAUGAA